UGAAUAUAAGCUAGCUCGUUAGCAAAGUUUAUUAAACAAGUUCGUGAAAAAAAUUAAUGAGCAGUUGGUGAACAAAAAUUCGUGAGACAUGUUCGUGAGCGUGAGUUACUGAGCGGUUCGUGAGCAAAAGCUCGUGAGACAGCUCGUGAGACAUGUUUGUGAGCGGUUCGCGAAUUGUUCGUGAACAGAGUUAUUCCUUAAUGAGUCGAUUCUCAAACAAUAUUUUUGGUUCGAUCCAAGCUCGAGCUCGAGUUCGAGUUCGCUAAUUUUUUAAUAAACGAUACACGAGCACUCUAGAGUUCGGCUGGGCUCGGCUCAUUUACACCCCUAACUGAUUUCUAGUUUAUUUGUAUCAAUUACAAAUAUGGUUUAAAAUAAAUUCACCUAUCUCAAAAUUUAAAUAUGCAUCAUGAUUCAUGAAUAUUAAUAAUUAGUUAAUUAUUACGAUCUUCAAUUAUCCAAAAAUUUCUCUCACUAUCCUCACGUACUAGCAUUACCUAAAACCGGUGUCGUAUUUCGAGUUUUCCUUCUCUUCCAUGCAUGUCUUAAUCGCUGGUUUCUUCUUCAUACUCGAUCCAGUCACAUAUAUGUAUCAACCCAUCUUUUUUCUUGGUGUUCUCUGAUCACACACACGUGUAUAUGUACAUAUUUUCUUAAUCAUGGCUGGUGGUGAAGACACUAAUCCAUUUGCAGCUGAUGAUGAUGUUAACCCAUUCGCGAGAACUUCGUCGACAAAUUCAAGGCCAAGACAACUUCCUCCAGAACGUGCUACUUACAGUGACGCGACAGUUAAUAUUCCUCUGGAUGGUGCCAAGGACUUGAGAAAAAGGGAGAUGGAACUUCAGGCAAAAGAAGAUGAACUGAAUAAGAGGGAACAGGAGUUGAAGAGGAAGGAAGAUGCUAUAGCUAGAGCUGGAAUUAUCAUUGAGGAAAAAAAUUGGCCUCCAUUAUUUCCCAUCAUUCAUCAUGAUAUUGCAAAUGAGAUUCCGAUUCAUUUGCGGAAGCUGCAGUAUGUUGCGUUUACAACAUGGUUAGGUUUAAUCUUGUGUCUUGUAUGGAAUUUUAUUGCGGUUACUCUUGCAUGGAUCAAUGUGGCAGGUGUAAAAAUCUGGUUACUUGCCAUUAUCUAUAUCAUAUCGGGAGUUCCUGGGUCUUAUGUGUUUUGGUAUCGACCUCUUUAUCGUGCUAUGAGGACUGAGAGUGCUCUAAAGUUUGGGAUUUUCUUCUUUGCUUACAUAUUUCAUAUUGGGUUCUGUUGUUUGGCUACAAUUGCUCCUCCAAUUUUUUUUGACGGGAAAUCACUCACAGGAAUUUUGCCAGCACUUGAGAUGUUUAAUGAAAAUUUGGUGGUUGGGGUGUUUUAUAUCGUGGGAUGUGCAUUUUUUGCCGUGGAGUCACUGAUAAGCAUUUGGGUUAUUCAGCAAGUCUAUAUGUAUUUUCGAGGUAGUGGCAAAGCUGCAGAGAUGAAACGUGAAGCUGCGAGAACAAUGGCUGCUUUAUAAUAGUGAUUCAUGGAGUCAGUUAGUUGGCGCUUCCUAAUUUUCUUAGUAUAGAUUUUUUACACUUUAAACUUUUGUUGUCAUCCUUUUCACAGGCUUUGGCUGAAUAUUUUAGUUUGAUGUUAUACU